AUCUAAUCACACGUUUCACUUCCUUACAUUAAAAACAUUUCAAACGUUUCCUGCAUGGUGGAAACAGGCUCUUUUGUCGCACUAGAAUGGCUUCACUCUUAUUGGCUGUUGCUGGGAUACCACAAACAGGAAGUAAGUGGCUAAGCUUCCAGAGGAGUUUUGUUCAGUCACACGUGCUGAAUAAAACAUAUUACUGAGAGAUACCAUGAGUGCAGGUCGCUGGGAGUGGAACUAUGAGGCCAACACUGUGGAGUUUAUCAGCUUGUUACCUCCAGAAAAGCCUGUUGUUAAGAAAAGAAGACCAACUGAUGUCCAUUUUGAAGAGAUUCUCCAGAAAUCUGAAUGGCUGGCAGAAAUUUACCGUGUGAACAACAGAGGGCGCCAGAGCACAAUCAAAAGUCUGGACCCUGCUCUUUUGAAAGCCUACAGAUCUAGUGUGAUAGAAAACCAGGGGGAGUACGUGACAAUUGAAGAUGUUAAACAAGUGGCUGUGAAAUUGCUGCUUGAGAACUACUCCCUCCCCAUACCUCACUGCUUCCUGGACCUAUUAAAGAGUAAAGAGCUUGAUGAGAUCCUGACUGCUCUUCUGCGUUACCUCUGCUGUUUCUUUGAGUGCAAAUCUCUGGAAAACAAGCCAGAGGCGCUGAUAGUUUUGGACAUGGUGACGGAGCAGCAGAUGAAGAAGAGGAGCUCUGCCAAAACAGAGCUGGCUCUGAAGAGGCUGGCAGUGUGUUACUUCAGUCUGAUCCUGGACACAGACACAGGACACAAGCAACUCAUGAGCCGGAUGUCCUCGGAUCAGACUGAGUGGCUUCUGGAGGGAGUUUUAUACAGCUUCUUCUGCAACGUGUCCUGGGUCACUUUUGGGAGAAAAGAGCUGAAGGAGAUCCAGGAUGAAAUUGGUCGGAUUUUGUACUCAGACAAUUUCAAUGCCAUCGUGAAAACCAAACAGGAAAUGCCCUCGCGGAGGACUUCUGCUGUUUCCACUGGCUCAGAGAAGAAGGAGUUCAGCACAGGAGUUCAGCACACGGCAGCUGAAGGUCACACUGCUCUCAAGCUACGGCGGUCCCGCUCCUCCCUGCACAGCGUAGUGAAUAGUCGAUCUCCUCUGAUGGCAUCCCUGCUGCCGUCGCCACAGGAACAGUCUCCACACCUGUUCACGGGACCUAAAGCCACACUGGAACCUCUGCUCAUGACUCCGCCCACAGACUCUGAGGAGCUGAUGGAGGAGAUGUCCCAUAUGAGUAUCGGGAUCCUGGGCCAGCCUCUGCAGCAGUUUGACCCUGUGACUCUGGUUCAUGCAGACCAGAGCACAGACACAGAGGGAGACAGAGAUACAGCCAGCCAUGGUCAGUCUGAACAGUGA